AUGAGCUUCUUCAACUCGUUGCAGCAAUACGUGAGCGACAGCGUCGCGAAUUUGAGCCUCAGCCCGAAGAGGUUCUCGUUCAGCCGGGAAGACUCCGCGUCUAGCGCGACCGGAAGGAGCGGCUCCACCGGAAGCGUCACUGGCACGACGAACACCAACUCGACCGCGCAACAGUCGACCCCUCAUGGCUAUCCAAAGGUGGUGCCACCACCGGGCACAGUGUCGAGCUCCCAUGGACGUUCGCUGUCUACGCGCAGACGAACCCUCGAUUCCACUUCCGUUCCAGGGCUCACGGUGCACCCAGCUGCCGGAAGUGGAUCUGGCAGCACGUCGCCCCGCAGAGUCGGUUCUUUUCGCAGGAGCACAGGUUCCGGCGAUCGACCGCCUUUGAUGUUCUGCCGAAGGAGACCCUCUUGGCCGGAAGUCGACAUACAAGCCACUUCCGGGAUUCAAGACACAGACGGCUCCUUCUUUGAAAGUUUCACCGCGUUAUCUUGGAAGCAGCAAAAUCGAAGGCUUGUGGUUCUUCAGGAAGUGGAGGCAAGGGCGAAGGAACCACCACCUCCGUCCAGAGACACCAGUUUGACGACAACGUCUUAUCGUUUCACCAAAAAGGAGCUGGAACAGUUGUACAUAGAAGUCCUUUACACGAUCGCCAACACGGUCGGAGCAAGUACGGGACAAUACGCGCACUACAAAGAGGAUCUUUAUAGGUACGCGCAGGAGGCUUUCGGGGUUCCACAGGAUCAACAUCGACGCUAUCUGAACAUCGCGUCCGAGGAAAAGCCUCCCAUAGUUGUCCUUAGCGUGGUUGUGGUCGAAGCAGAGGGACUCGAGGCGAAGGAUGCGAACGGAUUCAGCGAUCCCUACUGCAUGCUGGGAAUUCAACCGGGUAAUACAGGAGCACCGUUAAGCCCGCAGACGAAUUUAACGGCGCACUCGCCCCAUACGCCGCCUGCGUCACCGAGACAAGCGACGCGUGCCCUUUCUGACGGCGGUGAAACCGAGAAUUCUCAUCAUGAGAAAUUACGGAAACACCAUAGUUUCAGGUUGUCGUUCAAGCGCAAGGAGCACACGAGCAGACGCGAGCAUCGAGAAUCGUUGAGCGGUGCUGUGCCGGCGAAGUUUAUACGCGCGACCACGGUGAAGCCGCACACGCUGAGCCCGCGAUGGAACGAGAAGUUUCGUUUCGAUAUCGACGACAUUAACACGGACAUCCUGCACCUGGACAUAUGGGACCACGACGACGAAUCCUCGGUAUUCGACGCAGUGAGCAAGCUGAAUGAAGUGCGCGGCGUAAAAGGGCUCGGAAGAUUCUUCAAGCAGAUCGCGCAGAGCGCGAGAUCUGGAGGACAGGAUGACUUUCUUGGCUGCGUGAAUAUUCCCCUUCAGGAUAUUCCAAGCACCGGACUGGAUCGAUGGUACAAACUAGAGGCCAGAACGCAACGAAGUACUAUUCAGGGUAGAAUUAGAUUAAAGCUGUGGCUAUCAACGAGAGAAGACACGGGAACGUCCGAAGAAGACAACUGGGGAGAGCUCAGGCAACAAGAGAGGCUUUACACCGUGUUUCUCAAUCAUGAAAUGAACAAACAAGGGGAAGACUUCACGGGAGAAUUGCCACAAACGGCACUAACGAUUCUUCAUCAACACGCCGUCCAAGGUGAUGUCACGGAGCUGCAACAAGCGCUAGUUAAGUGGGUGGCAACAUCCAGGCAAUCAGCAUGCGAUCCAAGAAUCCUUCAUCGUCUUCUUCAGGAGCUGGACAAUUUAUGGCACACGGACACGCUUUCUCGAGACGAGGAACAAUGUCUGGCCGAAUCGUUCAACGAGUUUCUCGACGUAACGUUGAAAAGAGUACGACAGCAUCGAGUGCUCUUUCCACCUUUGCAUCGAGCGUCGAUCUCGAAGCUGGAUUAUCUCCUUAGAUGUUUAGGACUGCUGUCAAAUAUGAAGGCUUUCCGAGCGUGUUGCCCGUUCAACAAGGAAAUUCGCGGGGAAAUAAUAACCGCCUUGAGGAAAGGAACUCUCGAAUGGUACGAGGACACGAGGCAGCAGACAAUGUGUUACGAUAAAGAGCCUGAUCAGGAUGCAGAUAAAGUCCUGCAAGACUUCACGAACUUGGUAACUGCGUUACUGGUAGACUUGGAGCAAGGACUCACUUAUUACAACAGCCUCUUCGAAAGUACGAACGGCGUGCCAUAUUUCUCGGCGGUGUAUAAACAAUUGGACAAGCUGCUGGCGGAACACGUGGCGAAACACAUGGAGAACACAUCCGAGAUGCAAAACGAGCUCGGAGCAAGGGUUACCACAGCUUGCCUUCAACUUCACGGCCAAAACGCGGACGAGGAAUACGUUUUACCACCUGGAGCAGAAAUUGGAACGCCGAUGUUCGAAUUAUACUUGGCUCUGCAGGAUUUCAUAAUCAUGAAGGAGAACCUACCACAGUCAGACCAUAAAACUUUAGCGAUUUGCAAGUAUUACGAGUGGUUCAGACCAGCUGUCGACAAAUGGCUGGAUCUGGCCAAAUUGAAGGCGAUUCAACGAGUAAGAAAGUCGGCUGAACUCGAUCGAAUGUGCACUGGUGAAUAUAUCGUGAAGCAUGGCACCUCUGCCAUUGACGUAACAGCCUGUUUCUAUCAGAUCAAGGAAUUCUGGAAAAAAUUGGCGUGGCCGGAUCUUCCAGGAUCGUACAAUUUAGUGAUGAAAGUUGUCGAUGCGAUAUGCAGUUCAGCGGCUUACUACGCGGAAAUCACCCAUCAAAAGUUAGCAGACAGUGGAUAUUACGAGGAACAGACGCCAUAUAAGACAACAGACGAGGUAAUCGCUGAGAUGUGCGUGGCUAUCAACGGCCUCGAGUACGUUAGAAGAUGGCUGUUGAAGUUAGGCGAGGAGCUGCUGGUUGAAAAGGUUCUGACAGCCUUGGAGUGUCAAGCCGGGGAUUCUGCACGGAUGCAAUGGAGGAACGCUUUGACGUCACCGCUGGAACAGACGCCAGGACAAAUGUUGCUGUUCAUAAAUCAAAUCGUCUCAAGGAUUGGCACUAAGAUGAGACCACCCCUGAAGAAGGCUAUGUUCCAUCUGGCUUGGUCGCCGGACAGUUUGCCCACUUCAGAGGCUAUCGCGCCGUUGCUCGAAUAUUUAGACAUGCACCUGGUGGUUCUAAACUCGUCUCUGCUUACGGUGAACUUCAAUCGGGUUCUUCAGGACAUCUGGGAGGUGGUGCUGGCUGAGUUGAGCAACCAGAUGGACGGAAAUGCGGGCGACAAGCCAGCGAUGUUUUACGAAAGGCUUCACGAAGCCCUGGACCUGUUGAUAAAAUUCUUCCACGAGGACGAGAAGGGUUUGCCGUACGAAGCACUUCAUUCUCAGAGCUUCUUGAAUGUGGAGGAACGCCUUCAAUAUCACAAAAUGGACACGACCUUCUUGAUCGACCGAUUCUAUCGACAACGACUUCAGGACCAAUUGAACACUGUGGCAUCAGAAUACGGUGUUCUGACAGUGAGAGCUUAUCUGAAUCACGAUUCCCUGUGCGUCGAAGUAAUAAACGCUAGAGACGUGAUACCGCUAGAUCCGAACGGUUACAGCGAUCCAUUCGUGAUAAUCGAACUGCUGCCACGAAGAGUGUUCGAGCACUGUGCCGAGCAACACACCAACGUGAAGAAAAAGACUCUGAAUCCCAUGUUCGACGAGUGUUUCGAAUUCUCCGUAAGCGUCGACCAAUGUAGGAGUCCAGACGCAAUGGUGUUGUUCACGGUGAUGGACCACGAUGUGCUCACGGCGAAUGACUUUGCAGGCGAAGCAUUCUUGGGGCUUAGUACGAUACCUGGUGUAACCGAUUCGAACGCCAGCAUAGACAACUUCCACGGCCUCAAGCACACCGAGUUACCUUUAAUGCAUCAGAAGAAUCGAAAUCACCCGAUUCUCCAGAUACUGGAGACGAGAAUCGGCGACAAGAUGGCUCUCGACUUUGUGAAGAAGCAGAAGCAACGGUUCGCCUCGACGUAA